AGUCGAAAAAUGGAAUAGAAACAAAAAUAAAUGAAACGUUCAUUUUUCUCGUCCCAUUCUUAUUUUGGUUUUUUUACUAUUAAACAAAACGUUCAUAUGCGCAACACCCAAGAAAAAGUAGCAGCAGAUUCUCUCUUCCUCCCCAGCCCAUUAAUGCUCUGCUUUUUCCCUACUCUCUCCUUCCCUCUUUCUCUCUGUGUGCGCGAAGAAAAGGCUUCUUUUUUCUCUCACCAGCGAAUGGAAAGACCCUCCAAAAUUGCCCCAUUUUGCUUGUUUUAGGCUUUCAGCUAUGGAGGUUUAAUGGGGUUAUUCUUGCAGUUCCUCUUCCCAGAUAUGCGUAGCUAAGCGCUAGAGGGUCUCUCCUGUUGUGGGUCUCCUUCACUCUUCUACACUUUUUUUUUCUUUUGGGUAGCUGAAGAAGAAGAAGUAGAAGAAGCUUGAGCUUGAAAAAUGGAGAAAAUGGGUCGGUCUAGUUGUUGAAAUUUGUUUAUAGUUAACUCUUUCUUUGGGUUGUGUUGGUUUUUCUUCUUUGGGGGUUUUGAUUUUGGCUUGAUUUGUGGUGUUCCCAAAUGGAGAGCAUUCAUGGGUUGCAAUUAAUGGUAGUGCUUUGCUUGGGGAUUUUUAUGGUGUCCACUUGGUGUCAGCACAAUGGGGAUGCCAUUACUGCUGUAUAUAUUGUCACUUUGAAACAAGCCCCUACUUCUCAUUACUACGGUGAACAACUGAGAGUGAAAAGUGGAAAUGGUCUUAAACAUGAUGGUGCUUCUGGGUCAACAACCAGACUGGACACGCCAAGAAAUAAUUCAAGAGGAAAUGGGCAUAAGAGCUCUUAUAUUGACCGGGUUCAUGAUUCAUUGUUGAGGAGUGUUUUGAGAGGGGAGAGAUAUCUUAAGCUGUAUAGCUACCACUACUUGAUCAAUGGAUUUGCUGUGCUUGUUACCCCCCAGCAGGCCGAGAAACUUUCAAGGAGGAGAGAAGUUGCAAAUGUGGUUUUGGAUUUCACAGUUAGAACUGCAACCACCCACACACCACAGUUCUUGGGUCUACCUCAAGGUGCGUGGGCCCAAGAAGGUGGAUAUGAGCUUGCUGGAGAGGGUGUGGUGAUUGGGUUCAUUGAUACUGGAAUUGAUCCAACACACCCAAGCUUCUCUGAUGACUUGUCUGAAAGUCCAUAUCCAGUUCCAGAGCACUUUUCAGGCAUUUGUGAAGUCACUCGGGAUUUCCCAUCUGGCUCCUGCAACAGAAAGCUUAUUGGAGCCCGCCAUUUUGCAGCCUCUGCUAUAACCAGAGGAAUAUUUAAUGCCAGUCAGGACUAUGCUUCGCCAAUUGAUGGAGACGGCCAUGGGACCCACACAGCUUCAAUUGCAGCAGGGAACCAUGGGAUUCCAGUCGUAGUAGCUGGGCAUCACUUUGGGAAUGCAAGUGGAAUGGCUCCUCGUUCGCAUAUUGCUGUUUACAAGGCAUUGUACAAGAGCUUUGGAGGCUUUGCUGCAGAUGUUGUAGCUGCCAUAGACCAGGCAGCUCAGGAUGGAGUGGACAUAAUAAGCUUGUCAAUAACCCCCAACAGGCGCCCUCCUGGAAUUGCAACUUUCUUUAAUCCCAUAGACAUGGCCUUACUGUCGGCCGUAAAAGCUGGUAUUUUUGUUGUACAAGCAGCAGGCAAUACUGGGCCAUCACCUAAGAGUAUCUCUUCCUUCAGUCCAUGGAUCUUUACCGUUGGUGCUGCCACUCAUGACAGGAUCUAUAGUAAUUCUAUAGUCCUUGGCAACAAUGUCACUAUUCCUGGAGUUGGACUUGCAUCGGGAACAGAUAAUGAUACAAUGUACACUAUGGUUUCUGCACAUCAUGCUUUGAAUGACAACACAACAGCUGAAAAUGAUAUGUAUGUGGGUGAAUGCCAAGAUGACAGUAAUUUGAAUCAGGAUGUUGUCCAAGGCAACCUCUUAAUCUGUAGCUAUUCAAUCCGGUUCGUGCUUGGGCUUUCCACCAUCAAACAGGCCUUACAAACGGCCAAAAACCUUAGUGCAGUUGGUGUUGUUUUCUACAUGGAUCCUUUUGUCAUUGGAUUUCAGCUUAACCCAGUUCCAUUGAGAUUGCCUGGCAUUAUAAUUCAAUCUCCCGAUGAUUCCAAGAUCUUACUUCAAUACUACAAUUCUUCCUUGAAGAGAGACGGGCUUACAAAGAAAAUUGUUAAAUUUGGGGCGGUUGCAUCAAUUUCGGGUGGACUAAAAGCAAACUAUAGCUAUUCUGCUCCAAAAAUCAUGUAUUAUUCUGCUAGGGGACCAGAUCCAGAGGACAGUUUUCUUGAUGAUGCUGACAUACUGAAACCAAACCUUGUUGCUCCUGGAAACUCUAUAUGGGCUGCUUGGAGUUCCCUUGGCACUGACUCGGUUGAGUUCCAAGGUGAGGACUUUGCAAUGAUGUCUGGGACAAGCAUGGCUGCUCCUCAUGUUGCUGGGCUUGCAGCCCUCAUUAAGCAGAAGUUUCCCAAUUUUAGCCCUUCAGCCAUUGGAUCUGCACUUUCCACAACAGCUUCUCUCUAUGACAAGAAUAGGGGACCCAUAAUGGCCCAGCGUGCAUAUACCAACCCAGAUUUGAACCAGUCUCCUGCAACGCCAUUUGACAUGGGUAGUGGUUUUGUGGAUGCAACUGCAGCACUGGAUCCGGGUCUUAUUUUUGAUUCAAGUUACGAUGACUAUAUGUCAUUCCUUUGUGGCAUAAACGGAUCAGCUCCCGUGGUUAUGAAUUACACUGGUCAGAACUGUGGGGUUUCCACCAUGAGUGGCGCUGACCUGAACUUGCCUUCAAUCACAAUAGCGAAAUUGAACCAGUCCAGAGUGGUCCAAAGAACGGUAACUAACAUUGCCAGCAACGAGACAUAUAGUGUCGGUUGGAGUGCUCCUUAUGGAGUGUCUGUGAGUGUGGAUCCGAUUCGCUUUUCCAUUGUAACAGGGGAAAGAUUGGUGUUGAGUGUAUACUUGAAUGCAACAAUUAACAGUGCUGUUACAAGCUAUGGAAGAAUUGGGCUCUUUGGACAUCAAGGUCACAUUGUCAACAUUCCUUUAUCAGUAAUUGUUAAAUUCUCAUACAACACCACUACUAGCUGAGGAACUGCUGAUAUUUUAUUUUAUGUUUUUAAAAUUUGUCUUCUUUUUUGUUUUCUAGUUGUUUUGUUUUGUUUUGUUUAUUUAUUUUAUGUUUUAAUAUUGUAAUUCUGUUGGGAAUAUGUAUGAUUUUUUGAUUCGUUGCCAUGUACAUGCUGAAGCUGCUGUUUGCCAUGUAAAUAAGAAUGAAAUGCAAGUGAGACAUGUGCCCCCCCGUUGCAAGUGAAAACCUUUACUUCUUGGGGGCAUAGUUUUCACUUGAACUCUUUGCAAUUAGUUUUUCUAUUUUUCA